CUAUGGCGCAAAACGUACUGGUGACCGGCGGUGCUGGUUAUAUUGGGAGCCACACGGUCCUUCAGCUGCUGCUGGGCGGUUACAAGGUCGUCGUCAUCGACAAUCUCGACAAUUCCUCUCCUGUCGCAGUCAAACGCGUACAGGAGCUCGCUGGCGAACAUGGACCUAACCUCACUUUCCAUCAGGUUAGUACCAGCUUGAUUUCUGUCUCAUUUUGGGUGUCUAUGCAAGGCCGAUCAAUCCAGAUUUGU